GUUGCCGCCGCCCGGCUGGCUUGGCCUCGCGGUCCCCGCCGGCCGGAGCGCCAUGGCCCAGCGCGGGGAGGAGCCGCUGCCCGGGCCCGAGAGCGCCGUGCAGAUCCGCGUCGCCAUCCAGGAGGCCGAGGACGUGGAGGGCCCGGAGGACGAGGAGGGGGGCGCAGAGGCGCAGGGCGCGGGGGACCCGGCCCGCUACCUCAGCCCCGGCUGGGGCAGCGCCAGCGAGGAGGAGCCGAGCCGCGGACACAGUGGCGCCACGACGAGUGGGGGCGAGAACGAGCGUGAGGACCUGGAGCAGGAGUGGCAGCCCCCGGACGAGGAGCUCAUCAGGAAGCUGGUGGAUCAGAUCGAAUUCUACUUUUCUGAUGAGAACCUGGAGAAGGAUGCCUUCCUGCUGAAGCACGUGAGGAGGAACAAGCUGGGCUACGUGAGCGUCAAGCUGCUCACGUCCUUCAAGAAGGUGAAACACCUUACACGGGACUGGAGAACCACAGCGCAUGCCUUGAAGUACUCAGGGACCCUCGAGUUGAAUGAGGACCACCGGAAGGUGAGGAGGACCACCCCCGUCCCACUCUUCCCCAAUGAGAACCUCCCCAGCAAGAUGCUCCUGAUCUAUGACCUCUACCUGUCCCCCAAGCUGUGGACCCUGGCCACCCCCCAGAAGAAUGGAAGGGUGCAGGAGACGGUGAUGGAACACCUGCUCAAGCUGUUUGGGACUUUUGGGGUCAUCUCAUCAGUGCGAAUCCUCAAGCCUGGGAGAGAGCUGCCCCCAGACAUCCGGAGGAUCAGCAGCCGCUACAGCCAGGUGGGGACCCAGGAGUGCGCCAUCGUGGAGUUCGAGGAGGUGGAAGCCGCCGUCAGGGCCCAUGAGUUCAUGAUCACGGAGUCUCGGGGCAGGGAGGGCAUGAAGGCGGUCCUGAUUGGGAUGAAGCCGCCCAGAAAGAAGCCGUCUAGGGAGAAGGCCCAGGAGGAGGAGCCCGUGGCGAGCGCCCACCCGGGCAAGUCCCCCAACCGCAGAGUGGGGGAGCUCCAGUCCCCGGCGGAUGAGGCCUCCGCCAGCGGCUCCUCCGACCCCGAGAGCAACCCCACGUCCCCCACGGCUGGCCGGCGACACGGGGCCGCCCACAGGCUCAGCCCUGCCGGCCACCAGAGUCUCUUCCUGAGCCCGAAUGCCUCCCCGUGCCCGAGCCCUUGGAGCAGCCCCUUGGCUCAACGCAAAGGCGUUUCCAGAAAGUCCCCGCUGGCCGAGGAAGGUAGGCUGAACCCGAGCGCCAGUCCCGAGAGCUUCCGCAAGGGCACGGAUUAUUCCUCAGACAGCAGUGUCACGCCCUCAGGCAGCCCCUGGGUUCGGAGGCGCCGCCAAGCCGAGAUGGGGGCGCAGGAGAAGAGCCCCAGAGCGAGUCCCCUGCUCUCCCGGAAGAUGCAGACUGCAGACGGGCUCCCCGUGGGGGUGCUGCGGCUUCCCCGGGGCCCCGACGACACCAGAGGGUUCCACGGCGGACACGAGAGGAGCCGGGCCUGUGUAUAAAUUCCUUCUAUUUUUAAUACCAGCUCCACUGAAAAUCCCCUUUGUUUUCAAGGUUCUGACAAGUUCCUGGCAUGACACAGAAUGAAAUUAAGUCCCCUUUGAAAGAUUUUGUAUACCUUUAGACCUCUUAAUUUAUAUAUUUGUAAUGUACAUAAAUUGCCCAGUAUGCUCUGGUUUUAAGACCAUCGUCUAGUUCAGAACCCCUGUUCCUCCCAGCAUGACCAUUAUUUUGCUGGCGCCCGACGUGUGCGAGGGUCGUGGCUCUGCAGGGCCGUGGGACGGGGGCGGCCCGGGAAGGUCUGGCAGCGGGUCUCUUCUUUGGGGCGGGGCUUGUCUCUGCAGGGACUGGGCUGCGCUCGGCUGGCCGUGCGAGGGCUCGCUGAAAGCCCAGAGGGGCCCAGCUGCGCACCAGCAACUAGUGACGCCAGCAGCAUGGUGUUUUAUGGGACCAAAUGUACGUUUCCUGUCAAGUGAAUAAAUAAUAAAACACCCGACCGGGA